GUUGACAAGGUAUACGAUUGGAAAAAAAAUGACGUCAAGUGAACAGGCGAACUACCUCAUGUGUGCUGCCAUAGACUUAGGCACGACGUACUCUGGAUAUACCUUCUCAAGCAGGCAUGAUUUUACAAGAGACCCGACAAAAUCUGCAAUCAAGCAAUGGAUUGAUCCAAUUACAACAAUGACUUCCCAAAAAACAUCAACCUGCAUCUUGUUUACAAACGAGAAACAAUUCGCAAACUUUGGCUUUGAGGCAGAAGAAAAAUAUAUGGAGCUUACUCUAGAUAAGGAGCAACGUGACUGGUAUCUUUUCAGGAGAUUCAAAAUGUCCUUAUAUGCUAUACGGUCAAGUCAUGACGAGGUGUUAGUUGAAGAUGUAGAUGGAAAGACACUUCCAGCCUUGCUUGUAUUUUCGGAGUCUAUACGAUAUCUCAAGGAUUCACUGAUACUGGAAUGUAAGAACCAAAACACAGAUAUACAGCUAAAUGACAUCAGAUGGGUCCUAACAGUGCCAGCUAUCUGGUCCGAUCCGGCAAAAACGUUCAUGAGAACUGCUGCUGAAAAGGCAGGAAUAUCUUCUGAAAAGUUGACAAUAGCUCUGGAGCCAGAAGCUGCCGCCAUCUUCGUGAAGUACUUACCAGUCGAUAGAAAGGUUGACGGAGAGCUUGGAGAAACCUUCAAAACAUUCUCAAAGGGAUCCAAAUACAUAGUAGUUGAUGCCGGUGGAGGAACAAUUGAUAUAACAGCACACGAGGUUUUGGAAAAUGGAAAAGUAAAAGAAAUUCUAAAGGCAUCUGGUGGAGACUGGGGAGGCACAAAAGUGGAUGAAAACUACAUUGACUUUGUGGAAAACAUUGUUGGUGAAAAUGUGAUGAGGAAAAUUAAGAGAGAAAAACGAAGUCUGUUAUAUGAAAUAUCUCGAGAAUUUGAAAUUGCAAAGCGUGCAUUAAAGCCCGGAUCCACCUCCAAAGUCAAUGUUAGAGUUCCAUCUGAAUUAUCAGAUAUUUACGAGUCGGUAUAUCGAGGAAAAUCAUUGAGAAAGAUUACUACAGUGGAGCUUCCAGGGGGAAAGUCAGUAAAAAUUUCCUUCAUGGGAGAUAAAUUACGAUUGGAAUCUAGCACAGCUGAAAGCUUUUUCGUUCAAUCUAUUAGGCAUAUUCUUGACCAUAUGUCUUCCCUUUUUAAAACAAAAGAUGGCAAGGACAUAAGUACGAUUUUGUUAGUUGGUGGCUACGCAGAAUCACCUAUGCUUGUUCAUGCAGUCCGAGAAAGGUUUCCAGAGAAACGAAUUAUAAUUCCUCAAGAAGCUGCCUGGUCAGUGCUUAGAGGAGCUGUUAUUUUUGGCCACGACUCAAGUCUCAUCAAAGAAAGAAUCAGUAAAUAUACGUACGGCAUCAAAGUGCAGGAAAAUUUUAAUCCAGAAAUUCAUGAUGAAAAACACAAAGUAGAAAAAGGAGGAAAGAUUAUGUGUAAAUAUUUGUUUAGUAAACACGUGACAAUAGAUGAAACCAUAACUGUAGGAGAGUAUCAAAGUAACAAAGGCUACUCUACUUAUGAUGGAAACUUCUAUGUUGAAGUAUUCACCUCCACUAAAACUAACCCUAAGUAUAUUGAUGAGGAUGACUGUUCCUCAAUCGGAAAAAUAUCUUUCCAUUACGAAGACCAUGGCCACAAAGGAGAUAUCAGAGUUCAGAUGAUGUUCAGUGACACAGAGAUAGAAGUAAAUGUUAUACUUGUGGGAACCAAAAAGAACAAGAAAUUAUAUUUGAAGCAAUAAUGUGCCUUUUCAACGUGUUUUGUUAUUUCUUA